AUGGCUCAGAAGUACUUGUUGCACGAGCUACUUGAGGAGGAUCAAGAGCCUUUUCUUCUAAACAAGUACAUUUCCGAUAGGCGAAGCCAGAUGAAACGGCCUUCCCCGAACACCACUUUGCAAGUGAAGAAACGCAAAUCAACCAAUCCAAACGCAAACUUCCCGGGGAAUUUCUGCAAAAGUGCUUGUCUUUUUUCCCUUACGGACACCCCGGAUUUCAGAAAAUCUCCACUCUUUGAAUUCACUUCCGCAGCCAAAAGCCCUUGCAAGUCUCCCAACGCUAUUUUCCUUCACAUCCCUUCCCGAACCGCGACUUUGCUUCUAGAAGCCGCUGUCAGGAUCCAGAAACACUCCUCACCCACUUCACGGCCUAAACCGAAAGCUCAACCCUUCGGCCUCUUGGGUUCCCUCUACAAGAGGCUCACGCAACGGAGCCAGAAAAAGCGCGAGAUAGAGGGUGGUGGAAGCGUCAAGGUCUCUGUGAAGGAUAUUCUGAAGUGGGAUUCAUCUGUUGGGCGUAAAAAAGGUUCCAACAAGAAAGAAGAGGAAAAAACUGUGAAUGUGAAUGUGAAUGCGUGUGAAGUGGGGUUCGCGUGUUCUUACAAUGGUAGACCUAGUAGUGCUGUUUGGUCAGAGACCAACGAAGAUAAAUCUCUCGACAUGGAAACGUCAAGUAGCGGCUACUCCGAAGAGAUUCACUUCAUGACCAAUCACAAACAAUCCACGUGCUUCUGCGAAAGCCCGUUCCGUUUUGUUCUUCAAAGCAGUUCUCCCUACUCCGGCCACCACACGCCGGAGCUUCUCUCGCCGAGUCGCCACGUAACUGAGGAGAAAGAAAGUAACGAAGGUGAGAGUGUGAACAAAUUCGAACCAGGGGAAGAAGAGGAGGAAGAUAAGGAACAGUGCAGUCCAGUGUGUGUGUUAGACCCACCGUUCGAGGACGAUGAGGAAGGGCAUGAGAACGGUGAUGAAGGAGAGGAGGGUGGUUUUGAUUUGGAGUGCAGCUAUGCGAUUGUACAGAGAGCCAAGCAGCAGUUAUUGUACAAGCUUCGUAGAUUUGAGAAACUGGCAGAGUUGGAUCCCGUAGAACUUGAGAGAAGAAUGCAUGAUGAAGAAGAGGACGAGGAUGAAACAUUUAUGGAAGAGGAGGGUCGUGAAAAUGAGGAUAAGGAAGCAUCAUGUAAAGAAAAUGACUUUAGAGAAUUAAUGUUGCAAGCUCUGUGCCAGUCAAGGGUCCAUGACAGACAUCAAAUCCCGGAGGAUUUUCAGAAGCUGGUAUCUGAUCUCAUAAUGGAAGAAGAGAGAGAACUUGAUUACUUGGAAGAUAGGGACAUGGUGAUAAGAAGGAUAUGCAAGAGGUUGGAAUUGUGGAAAGAAGUGGAGUCCAACACAAUUGAUAUGAUGAUAGAAGAUGACUUCUCUAAGGAGGAUGGUGGGUGGAAGAAAAAUGUAGAGCAGAUAAGAAAUAUGGCUGGGGAGCUUGAGCGUGCCAUCUUUGGCUUUCUGGUGGAGGAAUUUUCAGAGGAACUAGUAUGUUAA